CAGUGACCGCGCGGAGAAGGUCUGCGCUCCCGCCGCACUCACGGCUCGGUUCGGCCGGGCGCUCUUGGGGUCCGCAGCCCGCGGAGCCCUCCCUGAGGAAGAGUCUGUGGUGCUUGUCAAAAUGAGAAAGUGACCAUCAGAGCCUAGCUUGGUAUUCCUGUCACUGGAGCCUUCAGGAGCCAGCACUCAGCCCAGCUGAAGCCAGAGGAGGAAGGUGGAGAAGCACAGCCUGAUCAGGAGUUCCAAGAGUCAGAGUGGAUCAUAGGGGAAACUGAGCUGCUUUUGUACUCUGUUUGAGGAAUGUUUACCCUUGCAGAAGUUGCAUCGCUCAGUGACAUCCAGCCAACUUACCGUAUCUUGAAACCAUGGUGGGAUGUGUUUAUGGAUUAUCUCGCUGUUGUUAUGUUAAUGGUUGCCAUUUUUGCUGGAACCAUGCAGCUGACAAAAGACCAGGUGGUCUGCUUGCCAGUUUUGCAGUCUACUGUAAGUUCAAAAGUGCAGCCUGAUACAUCAGGAAAGGCUGACUUUACCACUGUUGAAACAACCACUGGUCCAGGAGAAGAAGCGUCAAUGAGAACUGUUUCCUUCGAAAGUGCCCCUACUGCAACACCUGACAUUUUUCUGAGCGGAGCUACCUCUUCUCAGUAUCAAUCCACUGAAUCAGGCCAGGAGCUGAAGAAGGAGCAGAAAGAUUCCUCAGGCCGUAAAACAAAUCUGGAUUUUCAGCAGUACGUAUUUAUUAACCAGAUGUGCUAUCACUUGGCUCUUCCGUGGUACUCAAAGUAUUUUCCCUAUCUUGUUCUCAUCCAUACUAUCAUUUUAAUAGUCAGUAGCAAUUUUUGGUUCAAGUAUCCCAAGACUUGCUCAAAAAUUGAGCAUUUUGUGUCUAUAUUGGGGAAGUGUUUUGAGUCCCCUUGGACUACGAAAGCAUUGUCCGAAACGGCAUGUGAGGACUCCGAGGAGAACAAACAGAGGUUAACUGGUGCCCAGUCCCUGCCCAAGUAUGUUUCCACUAGCAGUGAUGAAGGAAGCCCAAGUGCUAGCACUCCCAUGAUAACCAAAUCUGGCUUCAAAUUUUCAGCUGACAAGCCGAUGAUUGAGAUUCCCAGCGUCACGAUUUUAGAUAAGAAAGAUGGAGAACAAGCCAAAGCACUGUUUGAGAAAGUCCGUAAGUUCCGGGCUCAUGUGGAAGACAGUGAUCUGAUUUAUAAGCUCUAUGUCGGCCAGACCGUCAUCAAGACUGUCAAGUUCAUAUUUAUACUCUGCUAUACGGCAAACUUUGUCAACACCAUUAGUUUUGAACACAUUUGCAACCCGAAAGUGGAACAUCUGAUUGGCUACACACAGUUUGAAUGUACACACAAUAUGGCUUAUAUGUUGAAGAAGCUGCUUAUUAGCUAUAUUUCCCUCAUUUGUGUGUAUGGUUUUAUCUGCCUCUACACCCUUUUCUGGCUGGUCCGAAUACCUUUAAAAGAAUAUUCUUUUGAAAAGGUCAGAGAAGAGAGUAGCUUCAGUGAUAUCCCUGAUGUCAAAAAUGAUUUUGCAUUUCUCUUGCAUAUGGUAGAUCAGUAUGACCAGCUGUAUUCUAAGCGCUUUGGUGUCUUUUUGUCAGAGGUGAGCGAGAACAAACUGCGUGGCAUUAGUUUAAACCACGAAUGGACUUAUGAAAAGCUUCGGCAACACGUUUCCCGCAACGCCCAGGACAAGCAGGAGCUGCACCUCUUCAUGCUGUCGGGGGUCCCCGAUGCAGUGUUUGAUCUGACAGAUCUGGAUGUGCUGAAACUGGAGCUGAUUCCCGAAGCAAAAAUUACCGCCAAAAUUUCCCAGAUGACAAAUCUUCAGGAGCUUCAUCUGUACCACUGCCCUGCGAAGGUCGAGCAGACAGCCUUCAGCUUCCUCCGGGACCACUUGAGAUGCCUUCAUGUGAAAUUCACAGAUGUUGCAGAAAUUCCUGCGUGGGUGUAUUUGCUCAAAACCCUCCGUGAAUUGUACUUGAUAGGCAACUUGAACUCUGAAAACAAUAAAAUGAUAGGGCUUGAAUCUCUUAGAGAGUUGAGACACCUUAAAAUUCUCCACGUGAAGAGCAAUUUGACCAAAAUUCCCCCCAAUAUCACAGAUGUAGCACCACAUCUGACAAAACUAGUCAUUCAUAAUGAUGGCACUAAGCUUGUGGUACUCAAUAGCCUUAAGAAAAUGACUAAUGUUGCGGAGUUGGAACUGCAGAACUGUGAACUGGAGAGAAUUCCCCAUGCCAUCUUCAGUCUUUCUAACUUACAGGAACUGGAUUUAAAGUCAAAUAGCAUACGCACAAUUGAAGAGAUCAUCAGUUUCCAGCAUUUAAAAAGACUGACUUGUUUAAAGCUGUGGCACAAUAAAAUAGUCAGCAUUCCUUCCUCCAUUACCCACAUAAAGAAUUUGGAAUCUCUUUAUCUCUCGAAUAACAAACUCGAAACCUUACCUGCCGCAGUGUUCAGUUUACAGAAACUUAGGUGUUUGGAUGUAAGCUUCAACUCAAUUGCGGUGAUUCCAGUGGAAAUAGGUUUGCUUCAAAAUCUUCAGCAUUUUCACAUCACGGGAAACAAAGUCGACGUUUUGCCAAAACAGUUGUUUAAAUGUGUUAAAUUGAGGACUUUGAGUCUGGGACAAAACUGUAUUACCUCAAUCCCAGAUAAAGUAAGUCAACUGUUGCAGCUGACUUACCUGGAACUGAAGGGAAACUGCUUGGACCGUCUGCCAGUUACGCUGGGGCAGUGUCAGCUUCUCAGGAAAAGUGGGCUCAUAGUGGAAGAUCACCUCUUUGAUGCUUUGCCCUCAGAAGUUAAAGAGGUGUUGAAUCAAGACACAAGCAUUCCCUUUGCUAAUGGGAUUUAGAGGUGAAAUGCUCUUAUAGCUGACUUCCAAAUGGCAGAUGCUAAAAAGUACGGCAAUUGUGAGAUCGUGUGUUUUAGAAAGCAGAAUUCGUUGGAAGGCAGGACUGCUAGCAGGUUUAGAAGAGGUGUAACUGAGUGUUCAAUGUUUGCAGUGUUUCACAAGAUCAUUUCCAAAAUUUUUGAGAGGACAAAGAACCUUAAUAAUCUCAAUUCUUUUUUCCUUAAAUUGUUUGUAACUUGGAUGCUGCCGCUUUUGAAUGUUUACAAAUUUGCUUGCCUGCUUCAAGUUAAUGAUUAAAUUGAUGACCUUUUCUUACUAUGCAAGUUAUUCCUUAAGGUCUGGUUUUAUUUUAGUGCAUUAUGGGGAGGAAAACCAAGGCUAAAUGUUGUAUGUGGUAUGCGUCUAACAGCACUUGAAGCACACGUUGAAUUGUGUUGUUAGUGUUUAGCCAUCCUUGGCAAAUGAAAACAGUUUGGCUGUGAUUUGAGCUGCACCAGAACCACCA